UCGCUCUCUCUCAAGCUGAAGCUGAAGCUGGCUGCCAUCUCCCCGGCCGGCGCUCCACAACCUGGCCGCCCUGCUGCUCUUCCUCUCCGCCUCGCCGCCGGCGCUCCACAACCCGGAUCUGGACCAGCCGCACCGUGCCGCCGCCGCCCGACAGCAGCAGCACAUCAGUGCACCCCCACGCCGCCGUUAAGCAGCGCGCUGAGCGUUGUGCCUCCGUCCAGCUCUGCGCUGCCGCCGACGAGCACCACGGGGAGCAAGGACCACGGCCAGAGGUGGCCCCUGCUCUGGCCACGCCCCGGCACCCAAGCUUCAGUCAGAUCCCGUCGCGCCCUUCACCAACUUCCCCACCAUUCUUGCUCCCACAACCUUCAACAAGUGUCCCCCAUCUGAAAGGCAGGAGCAGGAGCAGCGACGGCCAUGGCGGCGCUCGGCGGCAUGCUUGCUGCUGCCAUCCUCAAGGUGGUGGGUGACCAGGUUGGUUCUCUGAUCGGGGGUCAGAUCGCGCUGCAGAUGAAUUUGGACAAGGACCUCAAGAAGAUGAAGAUGGCGCUGGAGUCUGUCGAGGCAGUGCUCAAGGUCGCGGAGAGGCGGUCCAUCACCGACGAGCUGACGGGUCUUUGGCUGAAGCGGCUCAAGGACUUCUUGUAUGAGGUCUCUGACAUGAUUGAUGAGUUCGAAGCAGACACACAAGCCAUCACCCAGCCGUCUGCGCGCAAGUUCUCCUUCAAAAAAUAUUUGGCGUUCAUGAUCCCUUGUCUCACAAUUGGCCCCAACAUUACAAUGGCCAAUAGGAUGAAGAACAUGAGGGACGACCUCAAGGUCAUAACAGAUCAACACAAGGAAUUCAAGUUAACAGACUGCACUAAUGCCAAUGAGCCAAAGGUGACUGAUAUACGGGAAACAUCAUCAACCCUGGAGACACAAAUCAUUGGGAGGACUGAGGAGAGAGAUAUAAUAUUGGCUUCUUUAUCUGAGAGCAUGACAAAGGAUAUCACAAUCCUUCCUAUAUAUGGCAUUGGAGGCCUUGGCAAGACAACCUUGGCAAAAAUGGUUUACAAUAGUUCCCAGUUCAAUGAAUACUCUCAAGUGUGGGUUUACGUGUCUCAGACAUUUGAUUUGAUCAAAAUUGGAAACUCUAUAAUAUCACAACUAUCAGAGAAUGAUAAAGAGAGUGCGUACACUGGAAAGCAGAUGAUCCGUAAUUCCCUUGAAAAGCUCCUUGCCAACAAGAAAAUUCUGAUUGUUUUAGAUGACAUGUGGGAAGACAACAUGUUUCAGUUGGAAGAACUGAAAGAUAUGUUAAAAGUUGGGGAGAGCAGUAAGGUGGUUGUUAUAGCAACCACACGAAGUGAAGGUAUUGCGAAGAAAAUGUCUACCAUCCAACCAUACAAAUUAGCACCAUUGACUGAUGAUAUGUGUUGGUCUAUUAUAAAGCAAAAGAGUGCAUUUGAAUCAAGAGGUGACAAAGAACAAUUGGAGGAAAUAGGGAAGGUCAUUGCAAUGAAGUGUGCGGGUGUGGCUUUAGCAGCUAAAUCACUUGGGCACACGCUGCAAUCUAUGAAAUCUGGUCAAUGGGAAUCACUAUGCUUUGCCUAUUGUGCAAUAUUUCCAAAAGGCCACAAGAUACUUAAAGAUGAUCUUAUUCAUCAGUGGGUUUCUCUUGGUUUCUCUUCCUGGGAACUUGGUGAGAGAUACAUUAGUCAGCUUUUGGGCCUUUCUUUUCUUGACCAUUUCAAGUCAUCAUCGACUUUUGAGCUACAUGAUGAAGAUGUUAUAUUGUUGACCAUGCAUGACCUGGUGCAUGAUUUAGCAAGAUCUGUCAUGGAGGAUGAAAUUAUUUUUGUUGGCAAUGUCAAUAAUGCUGAAGGAAGCCGCUUCCACUAUGCAUUGCUAGAUGAUUGUAGCAAGCCAUUGGGAUCAGACUUAUCCAAGAUAAGAGCGUUGCGUUUUAUGGAUUGUGACAAAUAUGAACUUCAUGAUGCUGCAUUUUCAUCUGCCAAGUCUUUGCGUGUCUUGGACUUAAGUGAGUGCGCCAUAUAUACGUUGGCAGAUUGUAUUGUUGAACUGAAGCAAUUGAGAUAUCUUAAUGCUCCAAAAGUCCAAGAUGCAAAGAUUCCAGACAGUAUCACCAAGCUCUCAAAAUUGAUUUACCUGAAUCUUCAUGGAUCUCCUACAAUUAAAGCACUACCAGAGUCAAUUGGAGAAAUUGGCAGUCUAAUGUACCUUGAUUUGUCAAGUUGUUCAGGAAUUGCAAAACUGCCAGAAUCAUUCAGGAGGCUACAAAAAUUGUUGCAUUUGGACUUAUCAAAUUGCUCGUCUGUGGGAGGAAUAUCAGUGUUCUUGGAGAGUCUCACACAGCUAGAGUAUUUGAACUUAUCAUACUGCCCAAAUAUCGGAGAUAUACCAGAAGUUCUGGGCGGCCUUUCCAAACUGCAGUAUUUAAACUUAUCAAACAACUCAUAUCUUGAAUGUGGUAAAGAAGCAGAAUUUUUGGGUGCCCUCACAAAAAUCGAGUAUUUGAACUUAUCUUCAAGGGAAUGUGGACUCAAAAAGCUCCCUGAAUCUUUGGGCGGAUUCAGUCAACUCAAGUACUUAAACUUAUCAGGUUGGCGAGCUAUGAAAAAAUUGCCAAGAUUAUUUGGGAGUCUGAAGAAUCUGCUCCAUCUUGACUUAUCAGGUUGUUAUAUGGUUGAUGGUGUACAUGAAGCUUUGGUCGGUCUUACCAGUCUGCAACAUUUGAAUUUACAAGAUACACAGCUCAGUUCGCUGCCAGAUGAUCCGACCAAGCUUCGGUAUUUAAAUCUAUCUAAACUAAGGAGGUCCUUGGAUGAUCGGAAGAAAGAUGCAUCAGUUUUUCUCUCUGCAGAAACCUGGGACAUUCUCAUCAACCAGAUAUGCAGAAUUAAUCUUUCAGAUCUAGAGCAUUUGGGCUUGUCUCGAAAUUGUCUGAUCGAGAGAAUACCUGAAAGUAUUUGUAGCCUGACAAAACUGCACACAUUGGACCUCUCGGGAUGCAGAAAUUUGAAGAAAAUACCUGAAAGUAUAUGUACAUUUGGUAGCUUGAAGUUUCUUUAUUUAGAGGAUUGUUGCAGUCUUGAUGAAAUACCUCAACUCAGUAGCAGUGCAAUAUCGUUACCACACUUUGUGGUGCGUGCUGGUAAUGAUGGAUCUAGCAGCAAUCUUGUCCUGCUAAAGCCCACAGAUCCUUUUAAGCUGGAGAUAACUGAACUUGAAAAUGUGAUGUCCGCAGGAGAGGCACAUACUAUAAAAUUAAUGGAAAAGCAAAGCAUUCGGGAGUUGAAACUGGAGUGGACUCAAGGUGUUGACAGAUUUGUGGAUGACAAAAUGUUGCUGAAAAAACUAGUGCCUCCAAGCACAUUGAGGGUGUUGGAGAUAUGUGGUUAUAACAGUGUCAUCUUUCCAGGCUGGGUAGUGGGCCAACUACCAAACCUGGACUCACUGGUUCUCAAAGAUAUGGCAAAUCUGGAAGAGUGGGACACGUCAUACUCCACCGGUGAGGAGAAUAUGUUAACAAGCGUGCAAAUAGAUGGCUGCCCCAUGAUGAAGAUGAAAGGGCCUCUGCCUAAAGCUAAAGAAUGGGAGAUAAGAUGCAGUGAUAAUGUGUUAUCAUCAUGGGAUGUGUGCAUUGUGUCACACACCAGUGCUUCCUCCUCUUCUCCAGUAACUACUAUGUUGUCAGUUAGAGACUGCAAGGUGCCUCUGCAUGAGUGGAGGUUGCUUCGACACUUCUCUGGACUCCCUUAUUUGUCUAUUGCCAAUUGUAGCGAUCUAACCGGCUCACCAGAUAUCAUCCAACUACUAUCCUCUUUGGAGAAACUAUGCCUAGAAGACGAACACAUGGAAGAACUGCCAAUAUGGUUGGUUGAGCUCCCAUCUCUAAAGAAUCUGACUAUAUUUAAUAGCAAUGGUGUAAAGGAGUUGAACGAGAACAUGAGGCAACUCACAAAGCUUGAAUCGCUAGAAUUGGGCUUCUGCAAAAGCAUAUCUGCAGUGCCACAUUGGCUAGGCGAAUUGACCUUUCUCAAGAAACUUUGGAUACAUAACAAUGAAGGCUUGAGGUCUUUGCCGGCAAGCAUACAACAACUCACCAGCCUCCAGGAAAUAGUACUUAUGCACUGCUAUGCAUUAGAGCACGUGGUUGCUGAAACAGAGGAGGGAAAGAUGAAGCUGGCUGACAACCAACAAAGGGAAUUUGCGCUGCCCACCUCUCUAAAGAGACUUUAUCUGCAUGGAUGUGAUGGUAUCAAGUCUUUUCCCGAGGGAAUACAUCAACUCACUAACCUAACAAUAGAGAGGUGCCCGGGACUAAAGGAAUGGUGUGAAUUAGAGGAGAACAAGAUGAAGCUGGCGCACAUAGAAAAGAAGUGCAUUUUCUUCUAGACAAUGCAUAUACUGCACACCCAGGCUGCAAAAUGAAGGGCCUGAAUCAACCAGCAAGAUUUUGUUCUGGAUGAUUCAAAUUGACGAUGUACUUGAAGGAGGACCACGCAGGAGCUAAGGGAAUCACGAGCUGUGGCGAUGGGAAACUUGUUUGCAGAGUUGCAGCAUGGAACUCUGAGGCUGCAGGUCAUUACCUCUACUAGCUAGUGUUCUGUUCUACAGAGUGUCGAACUUUGUUCUUUGUGCUUUGUGCUUAGUUUGCAUAGUUUAGUUUCCUGCUUCGAUGACUGCACUAGUUUUGUAAUAUGUGUAACCAGAGAGAUUGAUGAUUGUAGAACUUGUAUGCAUUAGGUCCUGGUGAGCGUGAUACGUACUGUACUUGCUUGUUGAGAAUGCCUAAACACUUGAAGUCCGUUGCUAGUUUGUCU